AUGAGGCCUUUCAUCUGUUACGGCUGGGCUGUGAAGAAAUACAAGAUCAAACUACAGCUGAACACAACCAUUGCAAAUCUAAAUGACCCUGUGGUGAUGGAACAACUGCUCCAAUUCCCGUGUGGCCGGUGGCUGGGGAAAGGCGUGGACGAUGGGAGUCUGGAGCGCGUGCUGAUCGGGGAGCUGCUGCCCCCUGGUGGAGGCGCUGAGGAGGAGGCCGGACGAGGGAGUGCCACCCCCCCCCAGCAGAGCUCGCCGUCCCAGACGCGACGCAUCAGCCUCAGCAGCAUCACCGCCAAAGGAAUCAAGCCGACGUCGGGGCAGAUCCAGGACGCGGUCGGAGAAGUCGUCAACAACAUGAUCAAGCACUUCCACAAACCCGAGAAAGAGAGGGGCAGUCUGACGGUGCUGUUGUGUGGAGACAACAGUCUGGUCACGGCUCUGGAGCAGCUCUUCGCUCACGGCUUCAAAUCCUCCCGACUCUUCCAGAAAAACAUCUUCGUCUGGGACUUUGUGGAGAAAGCCUGUGCCCACCUGGCGUCUGCGCAGCGGGCGGAGGACCUCAGGGACCACGGGGACCACGGGGACCACGGGGACCACGGGGACCACGGGGACCACGGGGACCACGGGGACCAGGAUCGUUCUUUCGCCCGAUACGUUCAGGCCAUAAACUCGUCAUCUCGGAGCAUCGGGAAGGACGGGAAGUUCCAGCUGCUCGUGUGUUUGGGAACCAGGUCAGUGUGA